UGCAGCCGUUGGAUGGGUCGCUCAUCGACGGCCGCGUGCUGGAAGCUUGGAUAGGAGAGGGGGGUCGCUCUCUCUAUAUUUCGCUGCGGGCUGGCAUUUCUAGAUCCGUGGCUAGGGCUUUGGAUCGCUGCGAGGGAGCUGAAACGUCGCGCAAGGUUUCUUUCUCGCUGUGGCAGCCUUUCCGCGGCGAUCGGAUGUGUUUUUGAUGCACUUCUUGGUGCUAGGGCGGCAGCGAUCGCCAAUGCGAUUCUUUUGAUCGAUCGAGCAUGCCCGCGAUAAUGCGAGCUGACGGCCUGCCAUUGUUUCUUCUUUUUAGAGUCUGGGAGACAUAGUGGGAUCGCGGCAGGCAGCGCUCGAAAUUUCAAUCGGGGGCCAUGACCUCGUCGCAAGAGUUCUUGGAGGAGGAGGCGGUGGCGGUGGAGGGAAAUAUCCAGGAGGAGCUGCGCCACCGGUCUCACGGUAGCGGCGGGGGAGAGGAAGCUUUUUCACUGCAUCGGGCCACAAAGGCCGAGGUGUGCCAGGAGAUUGUCAAGCGGCUCCAGGCGCAGAAUCACGAGGCUUUGGAGGAUCCCGGAUUUCUGGAAGAGCUACAGGCACAUUUCAAUCGCUUGCCGACGAGGUAUGCGUUGGAUGUCAACACGGAGAGGGCUGAGGACGUGCUCAUGCACAAGCGAUUGCUGCAGCUCGCGGAGAAUCCCGACAUCAGGCCCGUCUUUCACGUCCGGAUCGUCCAAGUCCAGCAGCGCUUGGACGAAUCAGUACCAGGAGACCAGUGCAUGCCCGUGCCUGAAACUCAGCUUGUACAUCCACCUCCUGCAUUUGGUUCUUCUCCUAACCUCGAAGCUUUAGUCCUCGAUCUGAAUAAGCCUUCAUCUGAUGAAGAUCGAGAGAGUCAUGCGGAUAAUUCCCCAAGCCGUGGACUCGCUCAGAUCUUUAUGCACGAAGUGACGAUAUCAACUAUAGAUAAACCCAAGCUUUUAAGCCAGCUAUCGGCUUGGCUUGCCGACGUUGGAUUGAAUAUCCAAGAAGCGCACGCUUUCUCCACUAGAGAUGGGUUUUCUCUCGAUGUCUUCGUAGUGGACGGCUGGUCAUGUGAGGAUACGGAUGGCCUACAGUUGGCAAUGGAGCGAGCAUUGGCUGGCAUUGAGGUACUCACUCGUCUCAAUUUUCUAGAUACUAAGACAUUUUCGCUGUUGCAGAAAGAGGCGUGGACCAAGCCGAAAUCUCCCACCAAAAGUCUUUCAAAUGGCCGCAGGCACGGUCAUGUAAAGAUUCCUUUUGAUGGCAAGGAUGAUUGGGAGAUCGAUAGUGAGCAGUUGAAACUGCUGCAUAAGGUGGCUUCUGGCUCCUUCGGUGAUCUUUUCCGAGGAGUGUACUGCGGGCAAGAUGUUGCAAUUAAAGUGUUGAAACCCGAGCGUUUGAACGAAGAUUUACAAAAGGAAUUUGCUCAAGAAGUCUUCAUCAUGCGGAAAGUGCGCCACAAAAACGUUGUGCAGUUUAUAGGAGCAUGCACUAAGCCGCCGAACUUAUCUAUAGUCACUGAGUACAUGUCCGGUGGAAGUGUUUACGAUUAUUUGCACAAGCAUCGAUCCGUUUUAAAACUACCGAUGGCACUCAGAGUGGCUAUUGACGUGUCAAAAGGAAUGGAUUAUCUGCACCAGAACAACAUAGUUCACCGGGAUUUGAAAGCGGCAAACUUGUUAAUGGACGAGAACGAGGUUGUCAAAGUAGCUGAUUUUGGAGUUGCAAGAGUGAAGGACCACACUGGUGUGAUGACUGCUGAAACGGGAACUUAUCGUUGGAUGGCACCAGAGGUUAUCGAGCAUAAGCCAUAUGACCACAAGGCUGACAUCUUUAGUUUUGGCGUAGUUUUAUGGGAGCUUUUGACGGGCAAGCUGCCUUACGACUAUCUCACACCGUUACAAGCGGCUGUUGCAGUCGUUCAGAAGGGGCUUCGACCUGUUAUUCCGAAAAACACUCAUCCCAAGCUUGCUGAAUUGAUGGAGAAAUGCUGGCAAUCAAACGCUGCAGAGAGGCCGGAGUUUUCAAUAAUUACUCUAGUUUUGCAAGACGUGUAUAAAGAGAUUGGAGAGGAAGAAAGCGAGAAGAAGAAAAAGUCUGGAAUCUUUUCAGCUUUCCGGCGGAACCUGUGACCAUUCAUUGACAUGUACAUGGUGAUCCAAUUUUGCUACUGAGGAGAGGAAUUGGCCCCUGCGGAUUA